AAAUGUGCAAAAUCGGCAGUGUAUCAAAUACUUGUUCUCCCCACUGUAUGUAAUUGUUCCAUCUUCAGUGAUAAAAGAUGUCAGGCUCCACCAGGUUAGAACAUAGUUUCCACAGGAAAACUAUAUUUAGAAACAUUAGGUCUUACAGUAGUCUAUGAGUCGACCCCUACCAAUGUUUGCUCUAGUGACGUUGAAAUUGUCUACAAUAAGUGUGGAUGUGCCGUGUUUUGGUGUAUACCACAAAAGUAAUAUUACUGGUAGUGAAACUGUUAUUGUUGAAGGAACUAAUGACUUAAUUUUAUCCAUGACCAAUUUCCAUUGCUCCACAGUCAGAAGCCAUUGUACCUUACCAAAAUAACUUACUAGUUCCUUGUCAAUCCUAAUUGAAAAAAUUAAAUAAAAAUAAUUAUACAUUACAACGGCAUACUCAAAAAUGAAAUAAUCUUCCUCAUAUUACUCCAAAAUAACUAUUUAAAAAAGACUCUAAAUAACUGAUCUGUUAAAAAUGCUAUUGGUUAAAGCUUUUUUCUUUCAUUACUCCAGAAGUGCCAUCUUUCAUGAUUCAAUGGCUGUUAUGCCUCAAGCAAAGUAAAGGUUGGUUGUUGGUUCUCUGACCCCGACCUACCCCUCUAACCCUGUGUGGUACAUGGCACGUGAUAGUUUUCCUGGAAGAGUUUGCAUUGCAUGGAGUGGUACCAGCAAAGAGGAGCUGUCCUAAGUGCACAGCCUCCGAGCGACACUUCUGGGUGACUCGCUCAGAUGUCACUGAGAAAACACACACUAACCUGAGGCCUGCCCUCAAAGUCUGUGUCCUAGUUACAUUUUUCUAUUUGACUUAAUCCUUAUUUGAUCAAAGGCCCUCAAAGCAACAUUCAGGUCACUGGCAUCAAUCCAUUGAAACCAAUAAAAAAGCUACUCUUCUACAGGUGCAAUGGUGAAGCAGAAUGGAUUUACCUAUAUGAUGUGUGGUGAAGAAGGUGGCUCAGUACAUGGCCGAUGUGUUGGAGGACAGCCGAGACAAAGUCCAGGAGAAUCUACUAGCCAAUGGGGGUACUUAUCACAUAGAAUGGAUCUGGUGACAUACAUCACACGGUUUCAGUGGGACAUGGCCAAGUACCCUAUCAAACAAUCAUUAAAGAACAUCUCUGAAAUAAUAUCCAAGCAAGUAACCCAGAUUGACAAUGACCUGAAGGCCAGAGCAUCCUCUUACAACAACCUGAAGGGCAACCUGCAGAAUUUGGAGAGGAAGAACGCGGGGAGCCUGUUAACCAGGAGUCUAGCUGACAUUGUCAAGAAGGAGGACUUUGUGCUGGACUCUGAGUAUCUGAUCACUAUGCUAGUGGUUGUACCAAAGACAAGUUAUGCAGACUGGCAGAAGACCUAUGAAACGCUGGCUGAAAUGGUGGUGCCUCGAUCUACAAACCUGCUCUUCGAGGACAAUGACAGUGGUCUGUUCAGUGUCACCCUUUUCAGGAAGGCUAUUGAUGACUUCCGACACAAGGCUCGGGAGAAUAAGUUCACAGUCAGGGAUUUCCAGUACAAUGAGCAAGAGAUGAACGCAGACAAAGAGGAGAUGACAAGGCUCUCCACAGACAAGAAAAAGCAGUUUGGGCCACUGGUGCGAUGGCUGAAAGUUAACUUCAGUGAGGCCUUCAUCGCAUGGAUUCACAUUAAGGGUCUGAGGGUCUUUGUGGAGUCUGUUUUAAGAUACGGGCUGCCGGUGAACUUCCAAGCCAUGCUGCUCCAGCCCAACAAGAAGAACAUGAAGAAACUAAGGGAGGUUCUCAAUGAUCUUUACAAACACUUGGACAGCAGCGCUGCAGCCAUUAUCGAUUCUGCCAUGGAUAUCCCUGGUCUGAACCUGAGUCAACAGGAGUACUACCCUUAUGUCUACUACAAGAUAGACUGCAACCUGCUGGACUUCAAAUAGAUUCACUGUAGCUACCUAACCUAUGCUGUCCUCUGAUGUUUUGUCUUUAUGUUGAGUGUGUUUUAACUUGUGUUGUUAAUUCCUCUCCUAUCUGCCAAUCCUCUGUUUUGCUCCUGUGUUGUCCUGUGCAUGCUCAUUCCCUGUGGAUUAAAGCACUUAAUGUGAUACCGCCAUUUGUACAAAUGAGGACAUACAAUUACUUGAUUUUCCAGACCUGAUUUUAAUUUUCUGUGUGUGUUUACAGAUUUUUUUUUAAACUGCUUAAUCAUAGUACUCUGUAUUAAAACGUGCAGAAAUGACUGAGAUCAAUAAAUAUUUAUGACCUUGAUUUAUUAAACAUUAAUACAUGUUCAAUCAUUCCACAUCUGUGUUAUUCAUAUUGAUAGUUAUAUAAUUGAGGGGUCCCCCUCAUAGAAGCAAUUUGGUAUUUUACCUGCACAUCCAAGCACAUCUGGUAAGUGUUCAAGAUGCUAUAUUGGUAUGUUGUUUCUAUUUGAUGUUAUAAGAGAUAUGAAUGUAAGCAUUGUGUAUAACAAAUGGAUAAACGGUAUAUAUGAA